CCCCCAGUCUCCCACCCCGUCCAUAAUUUAAUCCCCUUUGCAGAUGAACCUGGCCCUAACGGCUCUGAGGGCCACUCUACUCUCCGCCUCCCCCUCCGCCCUACGCCACCUCACGAUCUCGAUCGCACGGCAGCAGUUCAUCUCAAAGGCCGGCCGGACCAUGGCGUCGUCUUCGCCAGUAUCGUCGGACGCCCGCGGGCCGGAGAAAAUCACGGCGCCGUAUGGCUCCUGGAAGUCCCCGAUCACCGCCGACGUCGUCUCCAGCGCGGAGAAGCGGCUCGGUGGGAUCGCCGUCGCCGGAGACGGCCGCCUCGUCUGGGUCGAGACCCGCCCCAGCGAAGGAGGACGUGCAGUUCUUGUGAUGGAACCAGUAAAAGUGGAAGACAAACCUCUGGACAUCAUACCUGCAGAGUUUGCAGCAAGGACUUUGGCGCAGGAGUAUGGAGGUGGUGCAUUUGCUGUUUUGGAGAAUAUGAUUAUAUUUUCGAACUAUAAAGACCAACGGUUAUACAAGCAAAUCAUUGGAGGUCAAUCGCCAGUACCUCUCUCUCCAGAUUAUAGUGAACCUCUAGUACGUUAUGCUGAUGGUGUCUUUGAUCCUCAUUUCAAUCGUUAUCUAACUAUAAUGGAAGAUCAGCGCAAAAGCUGCCUAAAUCCGAUCACAUCAAUUGUUUCUAUAAACUUGAAUGAUGGAAAUAUUCAAGAACCAAAGGAACUUGUUAGCGGCAAUGAUUUCUACGCCUUUCCACGAGUUGAUCCAAAAGAAAAGAGAAUGGCAUGGGUUGAAUGGAGCCACCCUAAUAUGCAUUGGGACAAAGCAGAACUCUGGGUUGGGUAUUUUUCUGAAAAUGGAGACUUGUGCAAGCGGGUUCGUGUUGCUGGUGGCGAUCCUAUGUUAGUAGAAUCUCCAACUGAACCCAAAUGGUCUUCCAACGGGGAAUUGUUCUUCAUCACUGAUAGAAAGAGCGGGUUUUGGAAUAUUUAUAAAUGGAUUGAACACAAAAAUGAGGUGGUGUCUGUUUAUUCAUUGAAUGCUGAAUUUACAAGACCACUGUGGGUUUUUGGCAUCAGUUCUUAUGAUUUUGUUGGAAAAGAUGGGGAAAAUCAGAAAAUAGUUUGCAGCUACAGGCAAAAUGGAAGAUCAUACCUUGGAAUUUUGGACUAUGUUCAGAGUUCCUUUACACCACUUGAUAUUCCUCUCACUGAUAUUAGUAACAUUGUUUCUGCAUCCUGCUGCCUGUAUGUUGAAGGUGCAUCUGGUAGACAACCAUUGUCAGUUGCAAAGGUGAUCUUGGAUGAAAACCAUUCAAAAGCAAUUGAAUUCUCAAUAAUCUGGUCUUCUUCUCCAGAUAUAACUAAAUACGAACCAUACUUUAGCUUGCCAGAAAUUAUUGAAUUCCCUACAGAGAACCCUGGUCAGAAUGCCUACGCUUAUUUUUACCCACCUAAAAAUGAGUCUUAUCAACCUCCUCCUGAUGAAAAGCCUCCCUUAUUGGUCAAAAGUCAUGGAGGACCCACAGCUGAAACACGUGGAGUACUGGAUCUCAAUAUCCAAUAUUGGACUAGUCGAGGCUGGGCCUUUGCUGAUGUUAAUUAUGGAGGAAGCACUGGUUAUGGGAGAGAAUAUCGAGAAAGACUUUUGGGACAAUGGGGUAUUGUUGACGUUAAUGAUUGUUGCAGCAGUGCUAAAUUUCUGGCAGAAAGUGGAAAGGUGGAUGCACAACGACUUUGUAUAACGGGGAGAUCAGCUGGUGGAUACACCACAUUAGCUUGUCUUGCAUUCAGAGACACAUUUAAAGCGGGUGCUUCUUUGUAUGGUGUAGCUGAUUUGUCCUCAUUGAAAGCAGAGACUCACAAAUUUGAGUCCCACUAUAUUGAUAAUCUUGUGGGGAGUGAAAAUGCUUAUUAUGAGAGGGCGCCAAUUAACUUUGUUGAUAAAUUUACCUGCCCGGUGAUUUUGUUCCAAGGACUAGAGGACAAGAUUGUGCCACCAGAACAGGCCCGCAAGAUAUACAAAGCUUUGAAAGAAAAGGGACUGCCUGUUGCUUUAGUCGAAUAUGAAGGAGAACAACAUGGAUUCCGCAAGGCUGAGAACAUCAAGUUCACAUUGGAGCAACAGAUGGUGUUUUUGGCUAGAUUGGUGGGACAUUGUGAAGUGGCCGAUGCUAUUUCACCAAUUAAAAUUGAUAACUUUGAUUAAGAAGAUGAUUUUUGGCAAUGUUGACAUCUUGUAUAAUAAGGUACACAGAACUCUUAAAUAUCAGUGUUUUGUUCAUGAAGAUUUUCUCCUUAAAA